CCCCGGGCCUGGAGCUCCCCCCCGCCCCCCGCGGGGCCCGGCCGGUCCCGGCGCGUCCCGCCGCGGGGAGGAUGGGGCAGCCGCGGCGGCCGGGUAACGGCAGCGGCCCGGCGGCGCCAUGACCGGCGAGAAGAAGAAGAAGAAGCGGCUCAACCGCAGCGUGCUGCUGGCCAAGAAGAUCGUCAUCCGCGACGGGGCCGGCCGACAGGGGAUCGGAGAGCCCAGCGUGUACCAUGCGGUGGUGGUGAUUUUCCUGGAGUUCUUUGCCUGGGGCUUACUGACCACUCCGAUGCUAACGGUCUUGCACCAGACCUUUCCUCAGCAUACGUUCCUGAUGAAUGGCCUGAUUCAUGGAGUCAAGGGUUUGCUUUCUUUUCUAAGUGCCCCACUGAUUGGUGCUCUCUCUGAUGUCUGGGGCAGGAAAUCCUUCCUCCUCCUCACUGUCUUCUUUACAUGUGCGCCAAUUCCCCUUAUGAAGAUCAGUCCAUGGUGGUAUUUUGCUGUCAUUUCCAUGUCUGGAGUCUUUGCUGUCACGUUUUCUGUGAUUUUUGCCUACGUUGCUGAUAUCACACAGGAGCAUGAGCGUAGCACGGCGUAUGGCUUGGUGUCAGCCACAUUUGCUGCUAGUCUGGUCACAAGCCCAGCCAUCGGUGCAUACCUUUCCCAAGCCUAUGGUGAUACCCUGGUGGUUGUGCUGGCUUCAGGUGUUGCUUUGCUGGAUAUUGGUUUCAUCCUACUGGCUGUGCCAGAAUCCCUGCCAGAAGAGAUGCGCCCAGUCUCCUGGGGAGCUCCAAUCUCUUGGGAACAAGCAGACCCAUUUGCCUCCUUGAGGAAAGUGGGUCAGGAUUCUACAGUGCUGCUCAUCUGUAUCACCGUCUUUCUCUCUUACCUUCCUGAAGCUGGCCAGUACUCCAGUUUUUUCCUGUACCUGCGACAGGUCAUUGGUUUUUCCUCUGAGACUGUGGCAGCCUUUAUUGGUGUAGUUGGAAUUCUCUCUAUACUGGCUCAGACAGUAGUGUUGGGAAUUCUCAUGCGUUCGAUAGGAAAUAAAAACACCAUCCUACUGGGACUAGGCUUCCAGAUCCUGCAGCUUGCCUGGUAUGGCUUCGGAUCACAGCCUUGGAUGAUGUGGGCAGCAGGGGCCGUGGCUGCCAUGUCCAGCAUCACCUUCCCGGCCAUCAGUGCCAUGGUGUCUAGGAAUGCAGACCCUGACCAACAGGGUGUAGUGCAGGGGAUGAUCACUGGAAUUCGGGGUCUGUGUAAUGGCCUGGGGCCAGCUCUCUAUGGCUUUGUCUUCUAUCUCUUCCACGUUGAGCUGAAUGAAAUGGCUGAGGUGGAAACUUUGGGUAAGGCCUCCAAACCUAACAUGGCCAACCCGACAGAUGAGAGCAGCAUUAUCCCAGGGCCUCCUUUCCUGUUUGGGGCCUGUUCUGUCCUACUGUCGCUCCUGGUGGCCUUGUUCAUCCCGGAACACAACCUUGCACUGAGAUCAGGCAGCCACAAGAAACACAGUAACGGUGCCCAGACCCAUGCCCACAGCCCGCAGGCUGGAGGCUCGGAUGGCAAGGAGCCCCUGCUGGAGGACAGCAGCGUAUGAGGUUGGGAGAGGAGGACCUGGCUUGCGUCUCAACUCCAGAUCGAGGAUGGACUUAGCCGGUUGGGGCCUGGGGAGAGAGGGUGGGAGGCGAGAAGAAACGAGGUAACAGACUGUACCACUAACAGCUCAUGAGAAGGGAAAGGGUUUCCCUUCAAGCCAAAUAUACCCAGCUGGUGCAAAAACGGAAUUGUAUCAUCUGGUGCAGAUGGAAAGGGGAGAUACUGAACUGCUCCGCAUGAAGGGAUAGCUGUUUAAAGCAAACCUGCCCUUGUCGUGAACACUGAACUGCACGGUGUGACCUGCCAAAUACUCAGCUCGCCAGUGAAAAAUUAAGGAGCUAGCAUUGUCUUUGUUCUAAUGUGAACUAACUCAUGUGCCAGCCAGAAUAAAACAAGGCAUCUGUUACAUGCCCCCGUCCCCUUA